AUGGCGUUGACACUCCAAACGGCCAUCAACGGCCCCGCCAACUCCCCGGCCGUCAUCAUCCCCUCCAAGCCGGAGGCCCUGACCGCUACCUACGGCGACCUCAUCCGCGAGACGGCCAACUUCCAGGGCAAGCUCGCCGCCAUCGGCAUCACCCACGGCUCCCCCGUCUCCAUCGCCACCGUCAACUCGUAUGAGUUCAUCGUCUCCUUCCUGGCCGCCUCGUGGCAGCGCGGCGUCGCCGCCCCUCUGAACCCUGCCUACAAGCAGGACGAGUUCGAGUUCUACAUCGAGGACGUCAAGUCCGCCAUCGUUCUCGUCCCCAAGGGCGCGUAUGCUGCUGGCGCGCCUGCCGUCAAGGCCGCGCAGAGGUUCAAUGCUGCUGUCGCUGAGACGUAUUGGGACCCGGCUAAGAAGGAGGUCGCUCUUGAUGUGAAGGAGUUGGGCCAGUUGAAGGGCAAGGGGCCUGAGCAGGUCCUCAAGGCGCAGGCUGAUGAUGUCGCCCUCGUUCUUCACACCAGCGGAACCACUUCCAGACCCAAAGUUGUGCCUCUCACCCACCGCAACCUGACAAGAACCAUGAACAACAUCCAAAACACCUACCAACUCACCCCGGAGGACCGCACCAUGCUCGUCAUGCCUCUCUUCCACGUCCACGGCCUCCUCUGCGGCCUCCUCGCCCCCCUGGCCUGCGGCGGCUCCAUGGUCGUCCCCUCCAAGUUCUCCGCCACCGACUUCUGGGCCGACUUCAUCGCCCACAAGGCCAACUGGUACACCGCCGUGCCCACCAUCCACCAGAUCCUCCUCAAGAACCCGACCCCGAACCCCCUCCCCCAGAUCCGCUUCAUCCGCUCCUGCUCCUCCCCGCUCUCCCCCACCGUCUUCGCCCAGCUCGAGGCCACCUACAAGGCCCCCGUCCUCGAAGCCUACGCCAUGACCGAGGCCGCCCACCAGAUGACCUCCAACCCGCUCCCGCCCGCGAAGCGCAAGCCCGGCACCGUCGGCCUCGGCCAGGGCGUCGACGUGCGCAUCCUCAACGACGCGGGCGACGAGCUCCCGCAGGGCGCCGAGGGCGAGAUCUGCAUCAGGGGCGAGAACGUGACCAAGGGCUACCUGAACAACCCCUCGGCCAACGCGUCGUCCUUCACCAAGGGCGGCUUCUUCCGCACGGGCGACCAGGGCAAGAAGGACGAGGACGGCUACGUCGUCAUCACGGGCCGCAUCAAGGAGCUCAUCAACAAGGGCGGCGAGAAGAUCAGCCCCAUCGAGCUCGACAACGUCCUCACGCGCCACCCGGCCGUCUCCGAGGCCGUCAGCUUCGCCAUCCCGGACGACAUGUACGGCCAGGACAUUGGCGUCGCCGUCGUGCUCAAGCCGGGGCAGCAACUGAACCAGGACGAGCUGAGGGGCUGGGUCGCCGAGAAGCUCGCCAAGUUCAAGGUGCCCAAGAAGAUCUACUUCACCGAGACGAUGCCCAAGACGGCCACCGGCAAGAUCCAGCGCCGUAUCGUGGCCGAGAAGAUGCUGUUGCAGGAGCAGCCCAAGGCCAAGUUGUAG